AUGCUUGAGAGGAAUUCAGUUUCGUGGGCUACUAUGAUAUCUGGGUAUGCUGUGCAACGGCUGGCGGGAGAUGCACUGGCACUUUUUGGAUUGAUGCAGCGUAGAAAUGAGGUGAAGGAAGAGGUGAAUGAAUUUGUUUUGACCGGUGUUCUUAGUGCCUUGGCGCUUCCUGAGUUUGUUGGUACUGGUAAGCAAAUUCAUUCUCUUGCAGUGAAAAUUGGGUUGAUAUCUUUCGUUUCUGUUGAAAAUGCGCUUGUAACCAUGUAUGCAAAAUGUGGGAGCUUGGAUGAUGCACUUAGAACUUUCAAAACGUCUGGUGAUAAGAAUUCUAUCACAUGGUCUGCCAUGAUAACUGGUUUUGCACAAAGUGGGGAUUCUCAAAAGGCUUUGGACUUGUUUUCACAUAUGCAUUUUUCUGGGGUUAUGCCAAGUGAGUUUACAUUUGUUGGAGUCAUCAAUGCUUGUAGCGACAUUGGUGCUCUUGAAGAAGGAAAGCAAAUGCAUAGCUAUUCAUUAAAGUUGGGCUUCGAAUUCCAAAUAUAUAUAAUGACAGCUUUGGUUGACAUGUAUGCCAAAUGUGGUAAUGUCAGUGAUGCUCGUAAGGGGUUUGAUUAUUUAAGAGAACCUGAUAUUGUUCUUUGGACUUCUAUGAUUGGAGGGUAUGCGCAAAAUGGAGAGAAUGAAGCUUCUUUGACUUUGUAUUGCAGAAUGCAGAGGGAAGGAAUGAUGCCCAAUGAACUAACUAUGGCUAGUGUCCUAAAAGCAUGUUCGAGUCUAAGUGCUUUUGAACAAGGAAGGCAAAUCCACGCAAGUACCAUCAAGUAUGGAUUCAGUCUUGAAGUUCCAAUUGGAAGUGCUCUUUCAAACAUGUAUGCAAAGUGUGGGAAUUUGGAAGAUGGGAAUCUGGUAUUUAGGAGGAUGCCAAUGAGGGAUACAGUAUCUUGGAAUGCAAUGAUAUCUGGGCUUUCACAAAAUGGGAGGGGUACAGAGGCUCUAGAGCUCUUUGAGGAGAUGCGAUUGGAGGGCGUAAAGCCGGACUACAUUACAUUUGUGAAUAUUCUCUCUGCUUGCAGCCAUAUGGGAUUAGUAGAGAGGGGUUGGAUUUAUUUCAACAUGAUGUCUAAUGAAUUUGGCAUAGGCCCAAGGGUGGACCAUUAUGCUUGCAUGGUUGAUGUAUUGAGCCGUGCUGGGAAGUUAGAUGAAGCCAAAGAGUUUAUAGAAUCAGCCACUAUUGAUCAUGGUAUGUGUUCAUGGCGUAUUCUAUUAAGUGCUUGUCGGAACUAUCGUAAUUACGAAUUGGGAGCCUAUGUUGGAGAGAAGUUAAUGGAGUUAGGCUCUCAGGAAUCAUCAGCUUAUGUGUUGUUGUCAAGCAUAUAUACUGCCUUGGGCAGGAGUAAAGAUGUUGAGCGGGUAAGGAGUCUGAUGAAACUUAGAGGGGUGAGCAAAGAACCUGGGUGUAGCUGGAUUGAGGUGAAGAGUCAGGUUCAUGUAUUUGUUGUUGGUGAUGAGAUGCAUCCACAAAUUGAAAAUAUACGUCAUGAGAUCCGAAGGCUAAUUAAGCAUAUGAAGGAUAAAGAUUACCAACCGUCCUCUACCAUUUUUUGA